UCGUGGGGAAUAAUUCUUAUUUGACUGUCGAUCUUGAGUCAAUGUUCUCACUUCCCUGGCCUGGAUUAGAGAAAUUAGAUAUCCAUGGCACUCGAGUUCUGGGCUCCAUCCCGGGCUCAAUCUCAAAUGCAACCUCUCUACUUUAUUUUGCAGCAUAUAAUUGCUUGAUUCAAGGUCCUCUUCCUUCUUCCAUGACAAACAUGUCGAGAUUGGAGGUUUUACUGCUCAACUUCAAUGGCUUAACAGGUCAAAUUCCUGAAAUUUCAGGCAUGAGAAGCCUCAGGAAACUGUCUCUAAUGCAGAAUACACUUGAAGGUGCCAUCCCCGCCUCAAUUUGCAGCCUCUCCUCUCUCCAGUACCUCACUUUGGCAAGUAACUCAUUGACUGGAACAUUACCCGAAUGCAUUGGAGAUCUCCAAAAUCUCGAACGCAUCUCUAUCGGCAUCAACAAGAUGAAUGGCUCGAUCUCUUCACUGCGUUCUUUGUCCAGGAAUUCCACACUUGCUUUUAUGGGCCUAGGAUUCGCUGGGCUAUCCCUUUUGGACCAAACUUCAGUACCAAAAAACUUCAACCCCAGAGUAUUAAGCCUAAGGUCGUGUCAGCUCAAAGGUAACAUCCCAGAAUUUAUUUCCAACUUAACCAACCUCCAGAUGUUAAUGCUGGGAUACAACAGCCUCUCUGGAAAUAUACCCGAUUGGCUUUUCAGUAUGCCAAACUUGGGUUACCUAGACCUCUCCUUCAACAAUUUACAGGGAGUUCUCCCGCCGAGCAUUCAGCUUAAGAAGUUUUUUGGACCGACAUCGUUGCUUGUUUCUAACAACCAUCUCCAUGGUAGCAUUCCCAUCCUAGGCCCAAACAUGGACUUAGCUGAUCUGUCUUGGAACAAUUUUACUGGUAAAAUUCCUGCACGUUCGGAGCUCGGGAAAUUGAUAUACUUAUCGCUCUCAGGAAACAAACUAUCAGAUCAAAUUCCUCUUUCCUGGUGUGAAGCAGAAGACAGUUUCAUGUUCCUGGAUCUUUCCAGCAAUGACCUGUCGGGGCCCCUCCCUUUGAGCUUGAGCAGCUGCGAAUCCCUCAUUUUUCUUAACCUUAGCAGCAAUCACUUUGCUGGAAACAUCCCUGUGGAUCUCUUCAAGGAUGCAAGUAACCUGAGAUUUCUUGCACUGGACAACAACCUUUUUGAUGCCAGAUUUCCUAGGUUCAUCCAAAGCCUGGAAAAACUGGAGGUGCUCAAAAUUGGGAGCAAUCGACUUCAAGGGCCGGUCCCUCCGUUCAUCGGCAGCCUAAGGAGUCUCAAAAUCCUCAUCCUGGAGAAUAACUUCUUUAAUGGUUCAAUCCCUGAAGAGAUAACAAAUCUGAACAAGCUUCAGUAUUUGGACUUCUCGAAUAACAAUUUCUCAGGUCCCAUGCCCGAGAAACUGAGUUCCAUGACAAUGCUCGGGUCCCGAUUCAAAGAAGGGACCAUUCUGGGUUACGUUUUCUCUUCCGGGUAUGCUGGAGUCCAGCUAAGUAUGGUAACCAAGGGAUCCCUCUAUCAGUUCCGGGUGGUCCGGGAAUACCUCACAGGGAUCGAUCUGUCUGGUAAUUCUCUGACCGGAAACAUACCAUCGGAGAUAGGAAUCUUACAAGGGCUUUACAUGCUCAAUCUUUCACACAACUCUCUUUCGGGUCCCAUCCCCGAAAGCAUUGGCAAUAUGAGCAGCUUAGAGUCACUCGACCUCAGUUUCAAUCAGCUGAAUAGAGAAAUCCCAAGAACAUUAACUCUGAUAGACUCUCUCUCCGUAUUCAACCUGUCCUACAACAACCUCACCGGAAAAAUCCCGUCAGGGUCUCAUUUCGAUACUCUGUCCUUAGAUGGGUCGGCUUACAUCGGGAACAGGUUCCUGUGUGAGGCUCCUGAUGGAAUUAAUUGCACUGAUACUCCAUCGAAUCAUGGGGAAGAUAAGGUUGAUGAUCCUGGUGAUGAUGAGAAGGGGUUGCUCUACAUGUUCGUGAUAAUUGGAUAUGGACUCGGGAUUAUUGUCCCACUCAUGGCCUUGUACUUGAACCUGGAUUGGAGGAGGAAUUACUGGCGAAAAAUUGAUAGUAUUGUCAUGAGAACAAUCCAUAUGUUCGGACAGGGUCGUAGGUAGAAUUUUCUAUAGUGAAUGAAGUGAAUUUUCUCUUGAACUCUUCUUUUCAGUUCCUUCAUUCAGUUCAUAUGCGGUGUUUAUAUUCUUAUUUUUUUAAUCUUCAUUUCUCGUCCUAUGAAGUAUUUUAGAUCGGAAAAAAAAAAGCGCAAUUUAGAAUUACGUGCGUCGUGCUAAAAUAUGUAUAUGACAUCCGGUGAAUCAUCAUGGACAAAAGCUUACAACUAAAUGGGCAUAACGUAAAACAUUUUGCAGUGAAACAGACAAACCGAAUCCUAUGACCGAACAAAACGAACAGAGAUGGUCUCGUGUUU